GAGUAGCAGCGGCAGCAGCAACAACAAUGGCUGCGCCGGGCUCGGGCUCGCCGCUGCUGCUGCUGCAGCCGCUCAGCGUCUUCCUCGGGCUGCCCGUGGACCAGGUGAACUUCGUGGCAUGCCUUCUGCUCGCGCUGCUCGCCGCGUGCUGGUUCCGGCUCUACCUGCACCCCAGCCAUGCCAGCCCUGCAGUCCGCCACUCGGUGGCCACCUUCCUGGGAAUUUACCUGGCCAUCUUCUGCUAUGGCUGGUACACGCUGCACUUCUUCGCACAGGUGACCAUAUCCUACUACGUCUUGCUCUUCGCCAACGGCAAGCACGUGCACAUAUACAGCUUCAUCAUCGCCAUGGGCUGCCUGUCCCUGUGCCAGAUAAAGUUUUUCAUCUUUGACUACGGCAUCUACUCAACGGACUUCACGGGGCCCAUGAUGGUGAUGGCGCAGAAGAUCACCACCCUCGCCUACUCGGUGCACGAUGGGAUCGGGCGGAAGGACGAAGACCUGAGUCCGGAGCAGCGGCGCUACGCUGUGAGAGUGCGGCCAACCCUGCUGCAGUACUACAGCUACAACUUCAACUUCCUGAGCAUCCUGACGGGCCCGUGCUGCGCCUACAAGGACUACCUGGCCUUCAUGGAGGGGCGGCAUUUAGCGCCGCAGCAGUCCGGCGUGGGAACGGCGGCCACGGGGCCGGAGGAGGCCACCUUGGCCGCGUGCGGUGGCGACAACGGCAAGCGUCCCCGCUGCGAGCCCUCCCCAGUGAGCGCGGUGAUGUACAAGCUGGCCGUCGCUCUCGUCUCGCUGGGGCUGCACCUCACGGUGGCCCGGGGCUUCCCCGUCAACUACAACGUGGACGAGCGCUUCGUGCAGACCGAGCCGCUGCAUUUCCGCCUCUGCUACCUCUUCGUGUCCAUCCAGGCGGCGCGGCCCAAGUACUACUUCGCUUGGUCCAUCGCGGACGCGAUCAACAACGCGGCGGGGUUCGGGUUCAAUGGCUACCACAAGAACGGCGAGGCUCGCUGGGACCUCAUCUCCAACCUCAACAUCUGGAACAUUGAGACUGCCACCAGCUUCAAGAUGUUCCUGGACAACUGGAACAUGAUGACGGUUCGGUGGCUCAAAUACGUGUGCUACGACCGCGUCAAGACGUACCCGACGGUGGCCACGUUCGUGCUAUCGGCGGCGUGGCACGGUGUCUACCCGGGAUACUACUUCACCUUCCUCACCGGCAUCAUCAUGAGCCUGUCUGCACGCGCUAUGCGCAACAACUUCCGGCACUACUUCCUGGGCUCCAAGACGGUGAAGGUGGCGUACGACGUGGUGACGUGGGCCGCCACGCAGCUCUCCAUCUGCUACACGGUGGCGCCCUUCGUCAUGUACGGCAUGAAGCCAGCGCUCGACUUUUACCGGUCCAUGUACUACUGCCUGCACGUGGUGACGGUGGUCAUCCUCCUGGUGCUGCCCAUCAGGGCGCGACCUCUGGCCCCGACGGUCACGGCCAGCAGCCCCACCAACCACACCCAGGCCAGGAAAACACAGUGACCCGCCGCCACAAGGGCCCGGAGCGGUCCCUGGCCUCGUGGACUCCACUCACAGCUGACCGAACGAAUGACCGUCCGUCUGUCCGACCGUCCGAUUGACCGACUGUCCGAUUGACCGAUUGACCGAACGAUCGUCCGACUGUCCGACCAUCCGAUUGAUCGACCAAACGACCAUCCGACCGUCCGAUUGGCUGAAUGACCGACUGACUGACCGCAGUCGACAACCGGCGGAAAGAGAGUUACGGCGGGCGCGCUUUUGUUUGAUAGAAAUUUUAAAUGUUCAGAACAACUGAAAUCGACACUGGGGUCUCGGCGUGAGCUCUCCGAGGUCGCCCCUCCUCACCUUAAAGGAAGACACAACGCAAAAAAACUAAUUGGGCUCUAUUUUACUCUGUUUGAAUACGAUCUUGAGGUGUCAGUUAAAAUCCGAUGACGUCAGUAAUUAAUGAAUUUUGCCUUCUGGCUCCGGCUCCCAGCUAUGCGGCAGAAUACCCCAUAGCUCCUGUUGCACUGGGCUUCAUAGGCUAAAAUGCAGCUCCCACAAUGCACUGUCUGUCGCGUGGGAAGCUGAGAUCAUGGGGCUCCCAUCGCAUCACCACAGUGUGGCUGCGACGUCACACAAGGGUGCAACGCAAUGGUGGUGAGCCUGGAAGUCAUUUGGCUUUGACUUUCAAGUAUUUUUUUUAAUUUAAGAAGCUUCAGUCUUGUGUCGCCCAGCCUGCAACCAACGACCCCGACCGAGAUGGGCGUGUAAAGUAAGAAAAGAUAUAUAACCAGUUGCUUUUUUGGGGAAGUGUCUUCUUUUAAUCUACAGCACCCCCCCUUCCCCCUGCCCCCCCUCCCCUCGGGGCAACACAGCUGAAAAAAAAGUGCCACGUUGAAUACUGAGAUUCCUGAAGCCACGCGCUUUUUGAGGCCACAGUCGAAAGGGAAAUCUACCGUUGGUUUUGGUCGAAUCUCUUUUCUUUUCCGCGCCGCCCUUCCCCGACCACUGUCGCGAUCGCAGAAACGGUUUGCCCGACCGCGAGCGGCGCGCGUGAGAAGCUUCGGGGUUCAGCGCUGUCCGUGGUGCGCGACGAGCAUCGAACCGUGUUCCCGGCACCCUCUGCCGAUGUUUGCUUAAACGGCCUUGUGGGUAAAUAGACUUAACGAGCAACGAGCCGGGAGGACAAGAGUGGCGUCCUCCUGAAGACACCGUCAUUUGUCGCAAAACAAAUCUGCUAGGAAGGCACAAUCUUUGGCGGGAUAGUAUUUAAAAUCCUUGCAAUUGAUGCGUAAUUCAUUAUGUAUUGUAAAAAAGUAUGAAAAAAACAUCGCAUAAUUCCACAAGCAGCUCAACAAGAAUGCAAAGGUCUGUGUCAACACUGUGAGUUGUCUAGACGAGAGCUUUUAACUCCGCUGGCCUUAUUGGGAAAACCCAGAUGGGGUGGGGUGGAUGGUUUGGGUGUGUCGCAGACCUUUGUGGGAGUGUCGUCAAUUAUAAUACCGGUCUUCAUGACCGAUCGCUCGUUAGUUCGGGGUGUUAAAAAACGCCGCAGGUUUUAACUUCCGGGGCGUGGUACGUGUUUGCCAAACGUCCGCUGUCCGCGUGUGUGCUGUCGUGCCGAUUUUUUUUUUGCAGAGUGUCAGCUCUAUGUUGCAAACAUGCUGUGUUUCAAAUGUCUUGGGGUGCAUCCAAGUGCUCAUAAACUUCACAUACAUGUUCACGCGGGGGUUAAACGACACCAGUUGAGAGAGAAGUGCUUACCGAAACCUCAAACAAUACGAACGCCAGUAACUUAAACUGUAAAACACUUACCCAACAAUACGCAUACCAAAAAUAACGACGAGCUCAAUGAAAACGGGCUUGCCUACGCAGGCCUGUGGGCCCGCACCUCCUUCGUGAGUCGCAGAAUUGCAGCGUCUCCCCCUGGGCGGCCUGCUUCUGCACCGCCCUUGCGCACGGAACUCCGUGGAUCACGCGGCACAGACCAACACCCCUGACCCCUGUCACGGAUGGGCACCGCUGACCUUAGCGCACACCGACACCGCUGCUGGAGUAAUGCAGCGUUUGCCAGCGUUUUCAGUCGAGGGCCCUCUGGCUGUAUGCGGUAAAGCCACAUUUUUUUACGGUGCUAAAUGUUUUUUGUUUUUUCACCAAUGAAGCUUCGCACUUCUGUUGUACAGCCGCUGAUGCGCAGACUAGUUCCACAACCGGCAAAGAAAAAAUAACUGCAUUUUGUUUUAUAUUUGGAUCGCACCUUCUUUAAAUGAUUUCGGGCCAUUUGAAAGGUCCCAUGGUGUACACGACAGUGACGAUCGCCAUUGGAGUCUUUAAACUCGCCAAAAUAUACCCUGCCCCUGCAAGCCGAAUACAUGGCAGGGGAUGGGAUGGGAUUGACGUCUCUGUGUAUCGUCGAUUUAAGUCUGGAACGUAACCGGUCGAUGUGAACGACUCUCGACUCGCGACGCUCUGCGUUGUGGCAACGUGUGGUGCUGAGCCCGGCGAAGUGGUGGGGGGUUGGUGGGGGGGGUUGGUGGGGGUAGGGCACACGAUGAAGCGUCUGGGAGAAGCCGCCGGAGCGGCAGCGGUGGACAGAAUUUUCACGUUUCCCAAAAUAAUCGGCAGUGAGUUGUGGCUACUUUUGCGCGGCUCGAACGGUGUGAGGCCGUAUGGUUACUUGGGCCAAAACGUAAAAACAGAAAAACGAGCUCAGAUGUUGUGUUGUUCCCUACGAUGCCGAGGUUGCUCUUUAGGGAGCGUGGUCAGGCCACAAUUUGAACGCUUGGCCCAAGAGCCAACACCGCGAUGUCCACAAGGGAGGACGGGAAGGAAGCCGCCCUUCCGUUCGUGAACCGCGAUUGCACAGAUCGGUGCCGUAGGCUUACGAGCAGUCGUUUCAUGAAACGGGGGACCUAAGUGUGUGACCGUGAGUAGCUGCGCUCUGUGUGCGUGUAAUCGUUGCAUCGGCAAGUCUGCUGCUUCUUUACGUCCACGCCGCGUUGGGAUGGAACGCUGCACCGGGUCAUUGAUCAGGCAGGUCAAGGCAGAGAGUGGCGGUGCACGCCUGCGAUCACGCAAAGGAGCUAAGCCUACGCCGCCCGCCCUCCCUUGCGCAGGGCCGCAAAGUCUUUCCAACAGGAGGCAGUGGAAGCAAGCGUGUCAUUUGCCUGUUUGUUUUUGAGUGUUGUUCACUCGUGUAAGAUGGCAUUUUCUCCAGGCCCUCUGGCUUCCUGGCAUGUGCAAUGCAGCAGCCGGCCAACCGAUCCCCAUGCUGAAAGUGAGUCUCGAAGCUCCGUUAAGCGUCAUUGGGUUCUGCGAAGCAAGGACUGACUACUUGUGUUACAGAUAUCUUAAGAGGGCUCAUCAGUCUGACGCCGCAACGCCCGUGCGUGAAUGAGUCACGCAGAACGGAUGUUGCAGCUUCAGUAGCCGAGCCCCCUACUGCACAGUACAGUCCUUCACCCCCCCCGCAUCUCCGAUUAGCACGGUUGGCUGCGUUCGGCGCUAAAGAAGUUCAACGUACGUGUACAUCCAUGGAAAGCGUGGGCAAAAACUGAGGAGAUCACCAUAGGUUGCAGUGGGGAGGAAGGGCAAAGCGUGGGUGGAGCACACGAGCCAGCCACACUCUGACCCCUACCGCUCUCCCCCACAACACUCGGCAUUCAGCCACGACUAAUAGGCCGAGGUUUUCAUUUACUGUUCAAUUACACAGAUUGAGCGGCGACACUGCCUCGGCAGUGGUGCACAAGCACAAACAAUGACGCGACGCGUUCAGUCAAGAGCGCAGCCUUGACAGGAACGGUAGAUGAUUGGCGGCAUCUCGGGCAGUGGCUCUUCUUCAUAGCCCAUAGAGGCCAGAGAGGGAGAGUGGAUAAUAGUUGGACUCUCUCUUCAUGUGCCAUGAAGAAGGGCAUUUGUGCUCAAUUCAACUUUUAAUUUUACCAGCUAAGGUCCACUGAGCUAUAUGGCUAUUUUUCAGAUGCGACCUGGCCACAAAUGAUAGCACAACGAAGUGGCUUAUCGUGUGGAAAUUUAUAUCAGCCAAGUAUCCCUUAGCGCAUGUUGAUUCUAAAUGCGUGGGGGGAAAAAACCUGAGGAGACAAAUCCACGCGACCACGGGGAGAACACGCACACUUCAAAUAUACAGCAGCAGGCGUCGGGGUCGGGAUCGAACUGACGACCUCCUGUGUACCAGGCGAGGCAGUUAACAUCUCGCCACCGUUGCAGCUCCCAUUUACUGUUCCGCAGGCCACCGUUUGUAACACACGCGCUCCGUGCCUGAACGCGAGCGUUGGCACCGGCGGUGUUGUCGGCUUGUCGCGGUUGUGCCAUCUCUCCCCAGCGCCGCUUUUCGGUUGCGCCGCGCGUCGUCCGGCGCGACGUUCUGCCGCCGCCCGCUGGGACCUCGCUCGGGGAACCGAAUCGAGCAACCGACCGCCCCUCAAUCGUCGGGCCGAACGUCGGACGUUGUGCUGGACGCCGGACGGAACGACCCGAAAUAGCCAACGAUCCGCUGGUUGACCCCCCCCCCCCCCCCCGAACUCCUUGAUGUUGUCGUCGUCGGUGACGAUUCGACGACGGCCGUGUUGCCGCACGUAUUUCAGCGCUACGCAGGAUGUCCGCGCAGAGCGGGGAACGCAGGGGAGGGAGGGGCGUCGUGUUGAGCUUUAUGUUCCAGCUCUGCAAGAUUUCAGCACCUUGUCAAAUUCUUUGGCCAAGUAAUUAUUUUGAUAGUUUGAUAGUUCCCCCCCCCACUCUCUCCCCUUCUCCAAAGCUACAUGCCCAAGAUGAGUGAGGGAAAGGAUUCGCUGAGAUCGUACGUGCGUGCGGGGGGAAUGGCAGGCGGGGCGAAUCGGCACGGGGGGGGGGGGGGGGGGUUCAACCCUCCGACCUCCCGGUGUGGCGCGCGAACAUCAGCGAGAGGGAGAGACAAAGGCGGGCAGGAGCGACGCUGGCUUUUGUCACGCGAAUGUUGGCAGCACUUGCACCCGUCUCGAUGCUGAAUGGGGGAUCUUGGGUCUUCUUGCUUCAGGCGAACUAACUCCCCUUCAUUUAAAUUACCGUAAAGCGACCUGUCGUAAAUGUGCCUUUUGUUUAGGAAAAAAACCAUUCAACUCGGCUUCGUUCAUUCGGUGAAUAUCUGUCGUCUGCAGAUGUAAAUAAUAAUCGUACCCGUAUGCUUAGAAGGUGGCACCGAGCAACGCAGACCCUGCCACGCCGUGUCAAGCGCACAGCUCCGCGCGGAACCUGACGCUCACCCCAGGUGUGCCUCGUCGUUUUUUUUUUCCCCUACCUCUGAUGAGCACGAAGCUUCGAACUCGUGUCGAACAGCCCGGAGUACACGGCAACUCGCCGCGCGUGUAAACAAAACAGCAGCAGCUCUUUGCUUGUCGAGGUUUGCGCUUUCAUCACGAGGAUACUUACGUCACGGCCACAAACUUGUUUGAGAUUGUGGUCCGUGAUUGUACAAUGUGUUUUUAACAGGGCCGAUGGGUGGGAAAGUAGAACUCAAAGCCACUGAUGUAUUUGAUUGAAGCAAACUCCUCUGUUAUUAUUUUAUUUAGCGUGGAGCGCCGGUGCAGUGGUGAGCGCACGGCAUCACAAACUCAAAUACCCGAGUUCGAUUCCAAGUCACAUCGGUGGUGAGUGAAAUCUGAAGCCGGUUCCUGGGCCCCACCUUCACCAACCCCGCACUGACCAGCGUGGUGAAGUAUGGUCAAAAAAACCCACGUGAUCGACGCGUUACGUGGGGCUUCCGCUGUAUUAACCGGGGGACGUGCAAUCGCACUGCCCUUUAUUUUGAAUGGAAAUUGUAAUUGGCGAAAGCGCCGACACUGAAUAUACAUUUCAGGAAUUGCUAUAUUCGCAGCCACGUUUCACUCAUCGGUCUCGCUCUACUCUUGCAGCGAGUUAACCCUUUAACCAGCAGCGGUGUUGGCGACGGUGGUUGGGGUUGUUUAUGUGGGUUACACCGCGACACGCUGGCCGUUCAUUCUGGCCAGUGUGGGUGGUAAAAUAAAAAGGUUAAACUCGGCUUGAUAAGCGGCGAUGGUUGAGAGCACGCAGGGAGCACUAACUGUGACCUAGCACUUUGAAGGUGGGGUUUUGACGGGUCUUACGCUCCGCGGUGAUCAGUGGAUGGCAGCGGAUUUGCUGACGCGUUUGUAGGGAUUUUGGGAGCGCUGACUGCUCGUACAUGAGCGGUCUCCGGGCACUCCGGUUUCCUCCUGCAACGACAAAAAAAACACGUCUUUAACGAGGAACUCGGAAAAUGUUCAAUUGCGCAAGAUUCUCUUUAAAUGAAGGUCUUAAGAUACCAUUUGUUUCGAUCAGAGCAAUCGCCUUACCACUCUACCACAGCAAUUGUUGUGCGGCGUAGGACAAACGCCCAACAUCCUUUAAGCAUACAAUAACAUUUCCAUUAAAAAAAUGAUUAAUAUCAAGUUGUAGGUUUUUUCACUUCAAUGAUGCUUCAGUUUUAGUUUUAAAACAUUUAUAUUACAUUUCUACCGCGUUUUCUUACAAGGGAAUAGUUUCUAAGCUCAGGGUAAUUUAAUUUGCAGGAAACGUACGGAACACUGCAGUAGCGAAACUCGUAAAGCAUUGUAUGCUGUUCAACUGUCAGUAUAACAGAAUGCGUCUUUUUGUAAUUCAAAUAAUUUACAAGUAUUAUUUGUCAUGAUGAAACUGCAGUUGGUGUAAAUCACGUCUGCACAAUACAACUACAAUGCACAUGUAUCGUUUAAUGGGUCCCGCUGUAUUCUUGAACUUCUUUCGUACUGAACGUGGCCAAGCAUGCUCAGCGGAGGUUGCGGUGGUUGCCUGCGAGAUUAGAGCCAUCAUCACACAUUGGCAUCGUUUUAUUUGAACAACUAUGGCUGGAUAUUUAGCGACGAGAUUACUCUUCUGGUCACAUUCUGGCUCGUUGCCAAUUGCCAAUGGGAGCUGUCGGUGUUAAACGCUUGCCGGGAAGGUAGAGAGAGAGAGGGAGAGAGACGAGAGGGUCUUCUGUUCUUUCCUAAAAUUAACCAACAUCGGAUACUGCCGUGGUGCGACGGUUGAGCACACUGGACCCGCUAUCCCAGAAGUCGCCGGUUCAAUCUCCCGGCGCGGCAGUUGAACCAACGCUGCAAGUCUCUUAACACCUCGCCGCCUCUGCCGAGCCACGCGGUAAGAAAUGGUUACCACCACAACGAGUCGCGAGGGACGGGAGUUAAGUACGGCUUUCUCCCACCGCUUCAAAGACGUCUGGCCGGCGUGGAAGAGUAGGCCAAAUGCCCUCCCGAGGGUGCUCUCUAGAGCGGCCUCUAGUGGAGACCUUACUGCUGCCAGCAGUGGUGUGAGCGAGCAAUUGCAGGGCUGCACCUUUAUAUAUAUUUUUUAAAACAUAACUUUAUCAACCAGUGUGCCAUUCAGAAUAUGCGCGUUCCAGUGGAAUGUAUUGAAACGGCGGACCAAGUUUCAACUUCUCUGAGUCUCAUCUGCAUGCUUUGUGGCCCUUGAAAUGAACGCUGGCUGCCGAGUUCCCUGCUGGUGUUAUCGGCGAGCUCUCUCCCUCCAUAGCGAGAGCUCCUCGAUUUUAGCGCAGGAAAACAGUGCGUGAAGGACAUCACUACGGCAGAUUGCCGUACAUCGUUGAAUGAAUGAGUGAAUGGCAAUGGAACGAACUCUUAAGGCAUUCCGGAAUGAGUUUGUAUAAUUCGGCGACUUCUUGUUGCUCUGUUCGUCACCGUGUUUUUUGUUGUUGCCGGUUUAGUAUAUGCAGUGCCACUCGUAAGCUAAGGGGGGGCACGUUCGCGCCUUCGCACUGAGCGUGCGUGACCAGGUUGGCGUCCGUGAGGGGUUAAUCGUCUCUCGUGCCAAUAAAAUGUGGAGUUUUCACCGCUGGCCGUGGGCACGCCAAUGCAAAAGAGUGCCAUCGUCCCGUUGCUCGUACUGAGCGGGGGGAGGCACUUUGACCUUUUGACCUGACUUGCUCAUCGUAAGAAUGAGUAAAAUGAUGAUGCUGAUGAUGAUGUCGAGUGAGGGAUUAUUGUGGUCGGUGGUCAUUGUAAUAAUAACCCCUUCAAACGAGACGUGCCGUUUCUAGGGCUUAUUCGGGUGAAAUAUUUUGAAACAUUAAAUCAACACAUCGCUUACCUAGUUGCACAAUUGGCCUUAAACAAUGUAAUUCACAAUAUUAAACUUGACAUCUCAACUUAACACUAAAAUAUAUCCUCCGGUGAGCACAAUUGCGUACGAAAGCAGUCGAGGAUGCUAUUCUUUAACUUGCCGCGUAAUUAACAGCGGCUGCAAGCUCGCACCCGUACGGGCGGCGUGACGUGUUCGCUUUCACUCAAAGCCGCCCCCUCUUCAGCGUUCCCUACGGAACAUACGCUUCGUGAGAGAUGAUAGCAAAGGGCGAACCAAAACGUGACGUAGCUUAUAACAAUGAGGCACGCGAAUAGUUUUUAUUUAUUCUUACGUCGGUGCCGCCGUCCGCAGAGUUCUUGUUUAUCCGUCACGUUUAGCGUAUUCCCGCCGGGCCUGUGCGUGUUUAUUUUUGACGGUCAGACUGGGGCUGCCUCCUGCUCUCAAUACUUCCCGCCCCCCGUCAGGGCUCCACGUUGUGUUUUGACCGCUGACGAGACGUACGUACGUUGAGCUUCUAUCUCGCCGGAGGUGCGGCGGAAGAUAAACAAACGAUGGGUCUCCUUGUGAGCCGAUGUAUCUAUGUUCAACUUGUUAUAAUAAUCGGGUUUUUCCCCUUUUUUCUGGCAACAAAACUGAAACCUUUGUCACGCGUUUGAGCUGUACGCCUUUUGGCGUCCUCUGGUCGAGCACCAAUUGAGACGAGGCUCAAAAGAAAGCCGUCUCUGGUGUGGACCAAUCAGUUUCAAGGACAAUGCAUAUAUUAUCAGUGUGUUUUUUGUUUGCAUUUUGACCACAAGUAUUGUGGUUAAUGCAGACAUGAUUCCUUGUAAAAAGGUUUCAGUUUUGUUGCCAGAAAAAAAAUGGAAAAACCCUAUUAUUAGAUUUUGGUACUGGCAAAGGAGGUCUAAUGAUAUGUUCAACUUCUUUCGCACCGUACGUAGCCAACCGUGCUAAUCGGAGAUUAUGCGACUGGGAAACGCUCGCCAGAAAUUGUCGUAAAAAAAAUGGACAUCCGCGCACCAUGCCUCGCAGCGUCGUGUCAUGGCCACUCGCGACGACGAUUAUUGUGCCAGCUUGUCCAGUGUUAGAGAGUCACGAGUUACGCUCAUCGGAUUGCUAUAAGCAGCCACUGGUAAUCGCACAUUUCGAUUUUGUUUUCAGUUGCGUAAAGAGAUUACCGUUACUUGGCAAGUAUUCGUUGGUUACUUUUUUUAAUAAUUCGUUGUCAAAAUUUGUAUUAUCUGAAAACCAAAUUAUCGGGUUAAAUGAUGGUAACCCAGCAAGCUUGGGUUAAGAAAGAAGCAGCCAAUGCACACAGACCAUCAUGCACAAGCCGUUCUGGUACCGUGCUGUGAGCUCUGAGCAUCAAUCAAUGACAUGGCCAUUGAUUUGUGAAUCGUGUUACAUUACUACAGAGUAGUAGGUUUUUGCGCUGUGUUGUAGCCCUCCAAUGUGGCUAAUUCGCAUCAGGAGGUAAGCCAGAUUAUUACAUUGCUCUUAAAGUACCGCAUGUGUGUCCAGACGUUUUAGCGAUCGUUCAUCGAAGGAUCGAUUUUAUUUUUCAACGCUGCAGUUUGUUCACGCGAUUAUUGGACUCCCCAAUAAUGUCAAUUAACAAGCAAAGCUGCUUGUGUGCCAAUGCGAGUGGCAAACAACCAGCUGCCGUUUUGUGUCCGUAUCAGAACAAUGACGUUGGGUGAAUGCAUUUAAAUUAUGUCAUCAUCAGCCAUGCUUUAUCCACUGCUGGAUUGAAGGCCUUCCUGAACCGUUGCCGUUUCUCGUGAUUCUUCGACGUAACGAUCCACCCAACCACCUCUGCCUUGCACACGAGCCGAAUUCAUUGCUCCAUCUCCUUCGGUGGACGUAAACCUUGGACACGUUGCAUUCGUUGAUAGAAAAAAAAUUCGUACGAAUUUAUAGCAAUCGGUCGUAGGGGAUUCUAUUUUCAAAACCAAUCGGCGCAAACAACAAAACCACAACAUUGCAUAGCGUACUCAACGCCACGUGAAUGCGACGUGACAACUUCUUCAGGCCGUGUGCACGCGGUGGUGUGCACGCGGUGGUGUGCACAUGUGAGUGGCGUGCAUCCGCAGUGGUUGAGUGUGACGGAAACAACAUUUCUGAAUGGAGCAGUGUAAGCUUCUGAGUGAAACGUUGCGUGAUUUUCAGUCGUACUGUGAUCAUGACUCGUAGCCCUAUCAGGAAGGCAGUAACCGACUGGUUCUGAUACUCUGCUCACUCCGUGCUGCGCUGUCAGCCCUUUGUCAAUCCACUGCUGUUUGAAGGCCUCCCUACACCUUUUUGGUCAUGCGGGUAGUUUGACCAUACUUCACCGCACUGGCUCGUGCGUUUUUAAUGGAGAGGGGGCCAGGUUCCGGCCGAGAUAUCGCUACUGAUGUUGACCGUGGACGGGAAUCGAACCCGGGUUGUAGGUUGAGCGUGCACAGUGCUGCCGCCCCACCUAUUCAGUGAUUCUUUUUUUUUUUAAGGCAAACAUUUGCUGUAAAAUAGAUUGUCAUCACUACAGAAAGCCGAUCAAACUGAAGGUGAAACAAAAUCAGUAAGUGGCAAAAUCUUUAAAAAAAUAUUAUUCUUGGGUUAUUCUCUUUCAUCAUGAACAGUCAACAACUCAUAACUCUUGCUGUAGCAGUGUGUGUUCGGCAACAGGAGAGGGAUAAAUACGACAGCCCUUUCCUCCCACCUUCAACUAAACCAGUCAAUGCUUGUAAUCAUUGCAAAAAAAUGGGUGCUUCGCAUCACCACAAAGUUAUUCGUUAUUGUUGAAAUAUUGCCGAGAUUGGCUAAUUCUGACAUCGGGGUAUUGGAGCGCGCGUUCCAAUACCUACGUACGGUGCGAAGGAAGUUCUACAUCCGUACGUCAGGGACUCUUCACCAUCGUUGUUGUAUGAAGGGUCGCCAAACCCACGCUGCUCGCGACGCGAGCUCGUUAGCAGCUCGUUAGCUGCUCGCGACGCUGGACCUGGGGCCCAUGUCGUGUCAAUUCCCGUCUACUGUCGUAGCGAAAUGCUGCACCCUUAUUUAUAACUGUGUAUGAAGAUGAAACGCGGUUAAACUCUUUUGUUUAAUGCGCAUAUGUCAUCGGUAUUGCGUUUCAGUGUUUAUUUCUUUUUGACUGCUUGAUAAGCUUCAUUUUAGUUUUUUUCGUGGUAAAAUAUUUCUCAACGUUUGUAUUUUUUUCAAUCACACUGCAUUUGACCGGAACUCUUUCCAUUGAGAAGUAGAGCCACGUGCGUACAUUCUUGCCUUCCACCACCGUCGCAAUGUGCAACUUCCUCAAACGUUGCAGAGCCACCAACAGAGUUGAGCAUUUGCCCCUACGCCUGCUUGAGAACAGGGGGAUGAUCUUCGGCUCGCGUUCUUGGGGUUACACCGAAACAUUUAUCCCAAGAUAUUUUUCUUUUCCAUUUCAGUCUCUCGCCGCGAAUGGCUUUUCCUCACUUAGAGGGAGACGUAAUACCAGAAGAGCCGACCUCGGAGAUUGGACACCGACUGAAACGGCUGACAGAUCUAAGCGGCAAGGUGUUGCGGUGACGACGCCACCGUGGCGUGAUCCGCGCUGACCUCUUGACCCUUGAAAGCGACGUCGGUCAACGUUUCUCACGGAGGCGUCUUGGAGAUCAGCGUUUAGGUCGUCUUCGCCACCCCCACCCCGCACCCCGCCGCAAUAACAAAGACGGCCAUCGAACUCUGCACGGCGUCUCGAGACACCGUCGCAUUUGGGCGUUGCGUAAAUCCAAAUGGUCAUCGCUUCAUGUGAAACAAUCGGCGUCGUCCGGGGCUCCUUUGAAUGCACGUGGCUUUAUUUGUAAGUGGAAAUGCAGAAGGGAAACAUGGUUAAUGUAAAAAAAAAUUUAGGAGUGGCUCAGUGUUUAGCAAAAUCCAGGCGUACUGCUUUGAGUGUUUCGGGAUUGUAUGUCCGCGUGUCUUUACAGACAUAACUCGUCAUCGAUGGGAUUAAAAAUGUGCACAAAACUGUCAUCAUGAGAUUUUUUUUUACACUUUUCAAACGCUUUACCAAAAUACGUUUUGCAAAAUUGUGACGUUAUUUUUCACUGCAUUCGGGUAUUGUUUCGAAAACAUCGUCAACACUAAAUGACAGUUUGAUUUUUGUGUUCUGUGUUUUGAGUGUGCUUCCCAAAUGUUUUUGUUUAAAUGGCCAAAGUUUUAAAUCUGCGUAAUGUAUGUCGGAUAAAUCCAACAGUUGAAAUACCCCCGACUUUUUUGUCCACGCUUGGCAUCCACACGUUUGUAAUUGUGCUUUGGGGAAAAAGAAGAAGUCAUAUUUGGUUGUUAAUUUGUUUUGUAAAACUAUCAUCUAACAAAAAACGCAUACUCUGUACUCCACAGCCCACCCCAGGUCUGAAGUGAGAGAGCUGCAAUGUUACCAGACAUGCACGACGCAUCAAUUCAAACUGAAACCGAUAUCACAUGCUGAAGAUGUGCACGUCAAAUUGUGUGCAUAAACCUGUUACGGGGUGCCGCGGUGGCGAGAUGUUAACUACCUCGCCCGGUGUACAGGAGGUUGUGGGGUUGAAACCGACCCUGAUGUCUGUAUGUUUGGAGUUUACAUAAUUCCUCACCGUGGUCGCGUGACUUUUUCCCCGGGUCCUCUGGUUUUUCCCUCGACGUUUAUAAAACAUGCGUUUCGAGUAUUUGGCUGGGCCUUAUCUGGUCAAAUAAAAAAAUUGUUGAUUAUCUGUUUUAUGUGUGCUGGGAUUCAUGUGACCCUUGCAGCCACUCGAGGCACUCCGUUUAGCGCGACGUAAAAAGAAUAAGGCAUCGAUUCUUGAUUCGAAUCGCAACCCCAAAUCGUGGCAAUUCAUCCAUUUAAAUUGGAGGUGAAUGACUCCGUGCCGAUCCCUCGCUCUGCAUCAUUGAUUGUUGUGGUCACAACUCGUGCUUUGUAUGUAAAACUUGGCACACACCAGCCCACGCGUGACGCUUGCGCGUUGCACUUUCUGAAAUAUUUUUAAAAAGAAUUACGCAUCCCACCCCCCCUCCACAAAAAAAAAACCGAAUAGGUUGCCAAUCGAUCAACUUCGUUACGUACGCACUAAUCUACACGAGCGGCAGGUGACAUUACAUGAACGAUGAGCAAAUUUAACUCUAAGAUCCUCUCACUGGGCUCUAGCUCCCAUGUGUUGCCAGUACGACUUUCAAAUUCCACCGCCCCCAACUCUGCGCUGGGUGGUGGGGGGGGGCUUCAUUGACGAACCUGAACGGUCACCCCCACCGUGCACCCGGCAUCGUAAUGUCUUAGCCGGUGUCAGGACGUAUCCACACCCUGCUGGUGGAGUUGGCAGGACUGGAGUGCGACUUUGGGCAGAGCCGUCCCUCGGGUACGGCGAAGCGGGGCGACCGCCCGGGCCCCGCGCUUUGGGGGGGGGGCGUGCUUGGACGUCACCAUGUCGGAUGUAAUACUUCCGGUUUAGUUUUUGAAGGGGUUGGGGGGCACACAGUGGAAUUUGUCCCGGGGCCUCCCCACGUACCCCUAUGGACAACCCUCACCAUGGGUCAGCGUUGAGGCUGAACGGAUGCCGUGUUGUGUAGAUGUACUGCGUGGCAGUAAUCACUUUGUCAAUGAGUCGGGGUGGGGUGGUGGGAUCGUGGUGCCGUUGGCCUUCACGUCAGGUGGUAACGCCAGCGCUCGCCGAGUGCACGGCGGACACCCAGUCACACGGCGGACAGCCAGCCAUGCUGCAGUGAGGGCACGAGAGGGCAUACGGGGCAACACGCGUGGCACUCAGAUUUUCACGAUGAGUGGGAAAACAUGAUUUUUCUUCUCAGCUUCACGGCCUCAGUGUGCAUCUUCCGUUACGUUACCUACAAUGCACGGUCCUGAUUUCCAGGAGCUUGUUCGUGUGGUUGGAUCGUGCAAAGGUGGGGGCCACUUUAAUGAGCUCUAUAUUGAGGUGUUGUUCGUGUCUCUCCGAGGCAGGACAGCAAGUAGGACACUGUUUUCCUCGUGCUUUAGAAAUCCCAUGCACACAACAAGGAAUUGGCCAAAAAACCCAAAGUAGGAUCCUCCUGAAAAUCAACCUCGAUUUCUUGGGGCAUUCCUGAGAAAAUAAUUCAAAUAUGUAUCUUACUACUACGAUAGAAAAAUCGCCAAUCAAAAUAGUUCAGUUCCCAGCUGAUUGAAGGUGGGGUUGUAAACACUAUUAAAGUCCACUUUAUUCUUAUUUUCGUUAAAAGCUGCCUAAAUAUAAUCACUGCAUCAUUGCUACAGGUUGGCUAAACAGAUUGUGUUGGGUAAAACAAGUGAUUUGUGAGUACUGCACUUUUAAUUCAUAAAAAUACAAUCGUUUAAAGUUUGAACAUUUGUUGGAUACAUUCUUAAAAUUAACAUUGCACUGAAUUCCACUUAAUUUUUUUUUAUCAUACCAAAAUAAUGAUGGCACACUUUUUAUCCAAACAUUUCUAUUGUUUCUUUACAAGGUGAAAAAUGGGCUUGGGAAAAUGUGUACAUUGUCAUUUGUACAAAUAGCAGUGAAGACUCAUUGCAAUGCCUAACGCAGGCGCAUCUUAAGAUGUUUCCAGAGUUGACUUCUUGUCCGUGUGGCUGUACCCUCGUCAGAGCACUUGAGCCAGCACUGCUGAGCCACCUGGGUUUGAAUCCCGGUGUCAUCCGCCCAAAACUAAACUUGAUAACUCAGCAGUGUCUGCUUGACACAUCUGUACCGCCACAUAAAAAACUUCUAAAAGCAUUUAUGUUUUAUGUGAAGGCACGGAUAUUUAUUAAUGGAGAUAGUAUUGCUUUUUUUUCUUGGUUCUUUCGGUAAAGUCACGUAGAAGGGAAGUAAUAAAAUAAUAAAAAUAAAACAUAAUUAAAUAAUUCUCACGACGUUUUUGUUUCCACAAUGGUGCAAACAAUCAUUCUGAGAUAAAUUAAACUUGAUUCUCAAAAAAGUACAUGAGCUCCGCCUAGCCAAAAACACUUUACGCAUUUAAAAUAAAAACCCAUCAUAACAUAUUGCCGUUUUACUUUGUUUGGUAUAUUCCGCACUGUUUUAAGCAGGGAUACACUUUAGACUUUUUAAUAUUGACGAAAGAUAUAAAAUAAAAAUAGAAAGUACGAAUGCAUAUAUAUUUUUGAAUACUUUAUGCAAACAUUUUGACUCCCCCCCCCCCCCCCCCGGUAUAUUUCUGGGCCAACCAAAGGUAGAAAAUGGGGCCAAAAUGUUCGUGUUGUAAGAAAGGCAAUUAAUUGAGGUCAGACGCCAUUCCAAUAGAAACACCCCCAACCACAGCGCCUUGCUAUUUUAAUUCCCUGGCUCAUAAUCCUCUCUGGCAAAAACACAUUUACCAUGCUGACAAUAAUCAUCAUCACGGUGACGAUGUUAACUCACUCGACCCCUGCAAGUCGCGCACUGGCUGUAUACCAGGUGCGCGUCUCGUCUCUCACGGGACACUAUCUGCAUCGUUCAGUUUCGGUGCACCCGUAAGAAUGAUGACAAUUCGCAGUUCUUUGGGGGUAAACAACCUCCCCCGUGCCCUGUCGGCCAUGGGGUUGUCUGGGCGUACUUGAACCACGCCGCCCGUCAGAGCUGGUAGGUGAUCGAGGGCGGUGCCCACCAAGACCAGCUGGGACAUCGCUCGUCGUCGAUGUUGGGCCGUGGCUGGGAUUCGAGCUUCAGGCCCGUUGGGUUCGAAGCGUAGUGCGUGAACCGCUGUGUUAACCGCUGCUCCCCCUGUUGUAUGGACCGUAUGCGUAUUUAGAACUGGGAUAUAUCCGAUUGCUGAAGUAUUCUACGAAAGCUGACGUCGUUGACGUCAUCAGGCGCGUUCCCGCUGGACAUGGUUUGUCAGGGGUUUCCCACCUUCGAAAGGCAGGAAGUGGGGUCGGCUGCCAUCUUUAAAGGGAGCCGAGGAAGCUCUUGCAAAGAGAGAAACUCAAGGAUAGCUGUUUACCCUUUCUGGCAAUAAAACGGAUAUUAAGAUGUUCGGACAUCAAAUGGAGACCUUUGCACGGAAUAAAGUCUGCAUCAACCACACGUACUUGUUGGUGAACAUGCAAACUAAACAUGCUCUGAUAACACUGGUCAACACACUUUUUAUGGCAUAAGGUUUUUCAACGGUUUUAAGGUAAUUUUUGGGUGCUGAUUCCAAAUCUGGCAUCAGUUUUUUGUCUAUCAGCAGGUUUUUAAGAUAUCAAAUAUAGCAUUUUCAAUAAAAACUACAGAAGAAAAAUAUUAAAUAAAUGUGGAUAUCUACAUAAAAUUAUAUUAUUAACACACUAUCCUAAAAAUACAGAACCAUAUUUUAACACUAAAGCAGUCACUGGCUCGCAACAACUUACACUCAUAAGUGACAGAGUUAAUUUCGGGUAAAAUCAAUGAAAAUGGGGUAUGCCGAUGGCAUAAAAAUGAUGUGUGGAAUCAGCACCCUGAAAUUAGUCUAAAACAGCUGCAAAAGUCCAGGCCUGAAAAAAAUGUUUUUUUUGUUGACCAGUGUAAUUAAUAGAAUGCAUGAUGGCAUUGUCUUUGAAACGGAUUAAUCGCCUUUCUCACAACACGCCUUUUGGCGUUCUCUGGUCUGGCACUGGCAAGACUAGGUCCUCCAGAAGGCUGUCUCUGGUUUAGACCAAUCUAUUUAAAUGACAAUGCCAUCUAUUAUCAGAGCAUGUUUUUGUUUGCAUGUUCACCACAAGUACGUGUGGUUGAUGCAGACAUGAUUCCUUGCAAAAGGUUUCUAUUUGGUGUCUGAACAUCUCAACACCUGUUUUAUUGCCAGAAAGGGUCAAAAUAUAUUCUUAUUUUUUCAUACUUUGAUACUGGCAAAAAAGGUCCCAUGUUAUUACAAGUAGAAGCUGUCGAUAUCAGUGUUGGUCGAUUAAUCGUCACAGCUCUACAUUUCUUUCGUACGGAUGUUUACGUUUUGUGUUGCCAUAAUGCUUGUGGCAUUGCAGUGUCUGAAAUCCGGGCUAUAUAUGGGCCUCACGAUUGAGACUCAUUAAAACAUUAUUCAUCCCCGGACACCGAUCUUCCCAAAUGUUUUUUCUGGGUUGUUGAUAGCUGUAAAAUAAUAACACGUUGCUUAUUUGCCCGCACUCGGCGAAAUGUUACGGUCAGAGAGAGAGAGACCGCGUGCAAGAAGACACCCACUUGCAGACCAGCGUGGUGACCUGCAGAAGGGCAGUGAAACAAGUAGGUUGCUGACCUGCCCCCGUGCGUUUUGUUGUUCGUCGUGUCAGCUUUUAAGUCUGGGUGUUUUUCUCCAGAAGAUCCGUUUUGCUCGCGCACACAAUAGGACUUCAGUUCUUGGAAAGGAAUUUCCGCAAUAUUCCAGGCAGGGCUUUGGUGAAAAAAGCCUGGAGUCUCAUUGGCACUUUCCUGGGUAAACCAAGGUUAUUGAUACCGAGUUGAGUGCUUCAAAAAGGGGCUCACAUGGCUACUGAAGUUGCUAUAUUCAUGGCUUGAACUUUCAGAAGUACAUAUAAUUACAUAGGAAACUAACUGGCUAUAUCGCUGUAUAUUGCAACUAAAGAAAACCCUGUAAAUUCCGCUGGGACUUAUGGGGGGGCUUGAAAAGAAUUGAGUGGUGGGCGUGCGUGGUGGUGUUUAUGUGGUCGGCGUGGUUUUGGUGGCGUUCUGUUAUUUUGCUUGUUUUAAGCGACAAUAAAAGAUGUUUUGAGUAA